AAUGAAGCGAAGGAUGACGGUGUCACUUGGGACAAAAAAUAUUACUAGUAUCAGAAUAUUCCGGUAACGUUGCAGAUAAAUUGUGCCCCAAUUCAAAAGAAGCAAAAUCAAUCGAUAACUGGAAAGAAAGCUCUGUGUUGCUAUCUUUGAAUUAGGGUUCUAUAUUACGAACCCUAAAAUUCCAGUUCGUUCCUAAUUCUUGUAGCCAUGGACUCUCCCGCUGCAAAUCACUUGGAUAUAUUCGAUAUCUACGGCCGAUACUGUGAUAUCAUGUCAGGGGCAUAUGCUACCAGGAACCUAGUAGAUGAAUUGCAGAAAGCCAGAUUUACAAGAGAGGCAUUGAACCAGCUUAUGAAAUUAGUGGAUUCAAGUUUGCAUAUAAGGGCGACUAUCUUUGAAGAAGUGUACAAGCUUAAGUUGCGGUUGAAUUUGGAGGCAGACUUCUCUGAGUUCUCGCGUUUCUAUGAUUUUGUCUUCUUCGUUUUCAGAGAAAAUGGACAAAAGAACAUCACUAUAAGUAAAGCUGUUACUGGUUGGAAAAUAGUUUUAGCUGGAAGGUUUCGGCUACUUGAUCACUGGUGCGACUUUGUUGAGAAAAAACAGCGAUAUAAUAUAUCUGAGGAUACUUGGCAGCAAGUUUUGGCCUUCAGUCGUGCUGUGCAUGAAAAUCUUGAAGGAUAUGAUCGGGAAGGAGCUUGGCCUGUUUUGAUUGAUGAUUUUGUUGAGCACAUGUACAGGGUUGGAGGAGUUGAUACUAUUUCUAACUCAUUUUGUUGUAGCUGUGGUAAUUCGGGAGCCCAGCCAUUUGAGGAUUCUUACCCUGGAUUGAUAAAUUUUCCUGGUAUGAAGAGGAAAUCUUGUGGCAAUUUACAAAGAGUAGAAGAAUCAUCUCAUGGAGAUCCAGGCAUGGAUGUGAUUGUCAAUUCGAAGAGGAGGCACGUUAAUUUUGGCAACCAAAAUGUUGACUGGACAGAAAACCAGUCACAUGGUUACUCGGAAAUGGUUAAAGCAAAUAGCCCAUUAAAUCAUUCUGCAUCUCCCUGCGCUGUUGAAGGUUGUUUGUCCAAGGGUUUUGCGGGACUGUUGUCAGGCCCUUCAUGUUUGCAGUUUGAUAAAGAAAGGAGAACUUCCUAUACAUAAGAAGGUUUUUGAUCUUGUUCAUUACUGCAAUAUAUCAGAAAGUGGCAUUUUUUAUUUCCUGAAGUAGAACUGGGGAUAUGUAGGUUUGACAUGAGGAAGUAUUUUUUAUUUUUGAAAAAAAUUAAAUUCGAACUGUAAUCUUUCUGAUGCUUCUUUAAAUCCUCUGACGUGUCCAGACGCAUGACAUUUGUGGAGCAAAUCGAGAGGUAAUAAAAAGAGUUGUAUGAUCUAGGAAAUUAGUUUGAUAUAUAAGUUAUGUUAUAGGACCUA